AUGGACGCCCUCCUGGCCGCGCCGGCCCUGGCAUCCGAGGGUGAAUACCAGCCGCUCGCCGGCCUCGCCGCUCUCAAGUCCGUCGGCGGGGUGGCGUACGGCGCCCUGGUCCUCACCUACUUUGUCACACUGUGGAGGCGACGAGCAAAGCGUGCGAGCUCAGGCCAGAGGGAUCGCCGGUGGAGGCCGAUGAACCUGGAGCUCCCUGAUGGUGCGCAGCUGCUGGACCCCAAGCAGGAGGAGGAGGAGGUGACCCCCCUGGCCUCUGCCAUAGUGGCGCUGCAGGCGAGCGGGCUCUGCGUCGCCAUGUUCUACCUGUCCCGCUCUGUCGACGCUUUCUUCCUGAACCAGGCCGUCCCCGACCAGGUCAUCGCACAAAAGGUGUCCCAGGUGGUCGCCACUGGCGUGCGUUGCUGCGCCUACCUGGCGACCUUCCUGGUCGGCGCCAACGCCGCGGGCCUGGCAGGCCUGACGGUGCAGCUGCUGCUGUUCGGGCCACAGGAGGACGAGGGCGCGGCAAAGGGCGGCGCGCCGGGCGGCCCGUCGCUGCCCAAGGUGUCGGUGGUGGACGACAUCGGCGCCAUCCGCCGCGCGUUUGCCGAGGCGGAGGAGCAGGGCCGCGGCGAGCGCCCCUGA